UAAUAAAAUAUGUUAAAAGAUAAAAGUUGGUUAAUUAUACUAGUUAAAUAUUAAUAUUCUACCAAAAUGUUUUCCAAAACGUAUUGUUUUGUUUUAUCUUUUGUUUGUUGUUUUUAUUUUGGAGGUGUUUUUGCAAAUAUUUUUAUUAAUUUUGAAGAUAAAGUAAGAAAUAUUUAUAGAACGCAUACUGGUUCUGUACAUUUUGGACCUAUUAAUAUGAGGUUUAUAAAUGAGGAAAAAAUUGUUGCAGAAAUCUAUUUACAUUAUAAAGGUUAUUAUAACAGAGAAAAAUAUGGAACACCAAUAAUGGUUGACAUCACGUUCGAAGAAGAUUAUAUCGUAUUAUGCCAUAACAACAAAUCAGCAUUACAUAAAUACCAUUACAACGAAGAUGGUAUUAAAAGGCUGGAGAAAUUUAUUCAAGAUAUUCACAAAAAUAUUAAAUUCAAAGUAGUUAAAAUUUAUAAAAUUAAUAAUAAUGAUGUUACACCUUUAAUAAAUGAUACGAUUUAUGAUAAAGAAAUAUUACUUCAACUACAAAAUAUUCAACAUUUGUCUUUAUGGAAUUAUGUCAAAAAUGAUCUUAUUAUAUUGAACUCAAUUGACAAAUCCUAUACAACGCUUGAAGAUUUAAUUAAUAAUUCAACGACAUACAAAAGAAGUCUUCAAUCGACUCUUGAUGAAGCAAUAAAAAUUAUGUAUCAUCGAUCUAUUAGAUAUGUGAUUUUGCUAUCUGCAUAUGCCUAUGAAGCUCUAUUUAUUGAAUAUGAUACAACAUCAUAUUGGCAACAGUUAUUAGAAGUUUCUAAUCAAAUAAGUUCGGCAANCAACAGUUAUUAG